GCAUCUUCGGAGCGAUGGCUGCUAAGAGCUUCGUUUCCCGCCACAGGGACUCGCUGCGAUUUUUGAAUGGCUUCUUGGCCGGGGCCGUCGUGGGCGCGGCGGGCGCGGGGCUGACGGUGCUGCAGCUCCUCCGGCGUCGGGACGGCGAGCCGCACGAAUCUGCAGAAAAAGUUGUCUUGGAACAGUUUGGAUUUCCUCUGACCGGAACAGAGACCAGGCGCUACACUAACCAUGCCUUAUCUUAUGAUCAGGCAAAACGGGUGCCCAGAUGGGUCCUUGAGCAUAUCUCGAAGGACAAGAUCGUAGGUGACGCAGACAGAAAACAUUGUAAAUUCAAGCCUGAUCCCAGUGUCCCUUCAGCCUUCAGUGCCCUCAAUGAGGACUAUGUUGGAAGUGGCUGGUCACGAGGACACAUGGCCCCAGCAGGAAAUAACAAGUUUUCCAGUAAGGCCAUGGCGGAGACCUUCUACCUUUCUAACAUCGUGCCUCAGGAUUUCGAUAACAAUUCUGGCUACUGGAAUAGGAUAGAAAUAUAUUGUCGUGAGCUGACGGAGAGAUUUGAAGAUGUUUGGAUAGUAUCAGGACCUUUGACCUUACCUCAUACUAGUGAUGGGAAGAAAACAGUUAGUUACCAGGUGAUCGGUGAGGACAACGUGGCCGUUCCUUCACACCUUUACAAGGUGAUUCUGGCUCGCAGAAGCCCGGAAUCUACGGAACCGCUGGCACUGGGGGCCUUUGUGGUGCCAAAUGCAGCUAUUGGGUUCCAGCCCCAGUUGACUGAGUUCCAGGUGAGCUUGCAGGACUUGGAGAAGAUGUCAGGUCUGGUGUUCUUCCCCCAUUUGGACAGAACCACCAACAUCCGGAACAUUUGCUCUGUGGACACCUGUAAGCUCUUGGGUUUCCAGGAGUUCACUCUGUACCUAAGUACAAGGAAGAUCGACGGAGCCCGUUCUGUGGCCCGACUGGAGAAGGUCCUGGAAACUCUGAAGAACUCAGGGGUCGAACCUGACGAUUACUUUCUGAGUCGCUAUGAGAAGAAGCUAGAGGAACUGAAGGCUAAGGAGCAGGUGGACCUCCAGCAGGAAAAGCUGUCCUAGUGUCUGGGUGUGCGCUGAGCCCUGUAGUGAGCGGGCCUUCCCUCCCCAGGCAUACUUAUUUUAGAGAAAUGAUGGAAUCCUGACUAAACAUCCCUCCAAAGACUUACUAGUUCAAAACUUAAACCCUAGGAUCUGAGUUGGUGGAGGUGGCUUUUAGAAUUCCUCACCUAUCCUGUCCAAAUACACUGAUGAUGUACUUUUUGCUUCUCCCCACACGAUCCCGAUGUCCUUCUGUCUGUCUGUGCUCUGUAAGCAGUGCUUUGCUUGCGUUGUCUGACUGAGCCUCUGUGCAGAAUCCUCUGUUCCCAUUUUACAUGUGGGGAUGUUGAGCAUCUUCCCUGUUGGUAUUCUACAGAAGUGCUCUCCGAGCUAAGAGGUUGGAUGGAGUUUGACUCCAGUAUAUCCCUAUGUGUAGGCGGAGGCUGCUCGUCUGUUUCCUAGCCGCCCAGCCCCGAAAUCACACAGAAACUGUAUUAAUUGCAAUACUGCUUGGCCAAUAGCUUAAGCAUAUUUCUAGCUAGCUCUUACAUCAAAUUAACUCAUUUCUAUUAUUUUAUAUUUUAUCACGAGGCUGUGGUUUUCCGGUACCGGUGUGCGGGCGUCUUUCUCCUUCCGUAGCUACAUGGCAUAUCUCUGAGUCCGCCUUCUUUCCUCUUCAAUCUGCUUGGAAUUCUCGCCUUGCCCUAUUCAGCACUGCAAUAGGCCCAAAGCAGCAUCUUUAUUAACCAGUGGUUUUCACAGCAUACAGAGGGGAAUCCCACAUCACCUAUGUCCAUGGGUAUUCCUGGGCCGAGGCUGUGCUUGCUGAGAAGGUUCUGUCUCUGCUGUCUCCUCAGGCAGGCACACUUUAAUACCUGAGUUGGGAAGAAGAGAGCAAAGAUGGAAAUGGUUUGUGGGUUUAACCAGAGCCUGCGAUUCCCUCCAGGGAUCCCAUGGGGCCAGAUAGGCUUGUUUCUUCCUUCACUCGGGGCGUUCCAAAGGAGCCCAAGAAAGGUGUGUGCUGAGCCACCAGGUGCCCGUGGUCCUGCUGUCUACCAGGCCAGCACACCACUGGAGGUAGAUCCUGGGCCACUCCUGUGGGAGGGGCAGCUGUCCGUCUUCCUUGACUGAUCUUGUGGCUUACAGUCUUGAGCUGUCCUAGGUGUAGAUAGUCCAGUGCCUUCCAGGCGGAAGGACGUGUCUGGUUCUGCCACUCGGCUGCUGUCUUCUGUCUUCCUCCGCUGAUCUGUGGCUUACAGUCUUGAGCUGUCCUAGGUGUAGAUAGUCCAGUGCCUUCCAGGCGGAAGGACGUGUCUGGUUCUGCCACUCAGCUGCCAUGUUCCGAGCAGUGGAAUGGGGGCGAUCUUUGAGGUGUUGUGUGCCGCUGAUAGAAAUGCUCCGGGUUUACAAUAAAGAUAAGGCAUUGGUUGACCCUGUUCUGCUCUUUCAUUUGAGUAAAGAGAAAAAGCUGGGUAGGACACUGUAGCUGAUUAAUGUCAUUCUGUUUUAUCUUACUGUCCCCAUUAGCUUGUGCCAGUCCUUCUAAGGAUAGAAAGCCAAAAUGUCACUGUGACCAAAAAAAUCUGUUACUUUGUCUCCUCAGAAGAGAGGUGAUGGUGGGGCCUGGGUGUUUCUCCAGGAGCCCCAGGGGUGGGCACUUAAUGGACUAUGUCCUGGGUUCCUGCUUGAAUCCAUGCAGCUGAGCCCCUCUCUGUUCUGCUUGCUGGCCCGACUUACUGGUGGUCUUGGGUCGCUUCCCUCACUUCUGCCUCUCCUCCUGGAUGGUGAAGAAUCUUGACUAUAUCAGUAUUUAUUUCCUAUGAAGUAUUUCCUGGUUAUUAUGAAAAAUAGAGAUUAAAAAAAGUAACAUCACAGUGUGCCGGGGCUCAUUCUUUUUCCUUUUGAAUCUUUUUAUGACUGUUUUCUUAUAUGCAUCUGUGCCUGCAGCAUGAGCACCUGUUGCCCACAGUGGUCAGAAGAGGUCACUGGACCCCCGGACAUGGAGUUGCAGAUGGUUGUGAGCCACCUUGUCAAUGCUGGGAACUGAACUGGGGUCCUCUGCAGGAGCAGCCAGUGCUCGUUAGCUCUGACCUCAUUUUUUAUGUGUAAAAUUUACAUUGGUGCACAACAGCAGGGCUUUAAUUGUAUGUCAUUAAGAGGGCCCAAAACAAAGGGUUAGAACUCCCCUUUGGAUCAGGUCAUUGUGGCCUUCAGUGUAGCCGUCGAUUUUUCUGGAUUCCAUUGUAGUAGAUUCCUGGGCUUCACUUGAGUCAGAGACGUGAUGUUGUGACCUGUCAAACUUGAGUGGGUUAGUUUAGCAUUUUUUACCUUAGUGGGUUCCCUUGGGUUCUCAGGUUGAGCCUGGGCCACUGCCCUGUAUACCAUUUACCCUUCCAGCUCCUGGUCUGAAGGGAUACACAGACUGGGAGGGCUCUGCUGUGGGAGGGGAUUUAAUCCUUAGUCUUUUUCAAUUUCCUGUGACAUCUUCAAGCUCUGGUCUCCGGAUUGAGACUGCUUGACCAAAGCUAAGGUUACUAAGGUUAGGGAGAGGAGAGCCAGACCCCGAGCUACGUGCUGUGCUGCCGUUUCUGCACCUACACCUUAGACAGCCGGACCUCUGUCCUCCUGAUCCUGAGGGAGUGGCUUCCUGUGGAGCUGUGCUCAGCUUGCCGCCUGACGCUGGGAUGAUCCUCUGUGUUGCUGUGUCACCUGUGUUCCCUGCCUCGUCUCUGAGGGUGUCGCUGAGCUCACUGCACUUGCUGCAGACUUCCUGUUGACAGCCUGUAAUGGCGUGGAACCAACAUAUCCCCAGCCUGUGUGGUUUUGAAGGCUGUCAAACCCUGAGGAGGUGAGGCCUAGUGGCUGGAAGUAGGUCGGUAGAGGCAGGGUUUGAAGGUUAUACCCGCUUUGGUUCUGGCAUUGUCUGCCACCACGUGAACACCCUCCACCUCUUGCUCCUGCCUCGGCAGACAGCCAUUCCUGCUGCCUUCUGGGCCAUGGUGAACUGAAAUUCCUGCAGUCGUAAAGCUCAAAGAAGCCCUUCCUGAAGUUGCUUCCUUCUGUCAGGAAUUUAUCAGUGACAGGCAGUACACGGCCCACCCUAGCCCCGAGCCCUGCCGACAAUGGUUCUUCCUGCUUGGCCCUCAGCACUUUGCCUGUUUCUGUCUUGUGAGUCUUUACAACACACCUCUGUCUUUAAGCUCCCGAGCCUCACUCUAGUUUGUCCUGGUGGAGCUGAUGGGGCUGGAUUCACACAGGUGCAUUUCCUGUACUCAGUAAAGUUACCAGAAAAGGCCAAACGGGGCUUUGCCCUUUGACCUGAACCCCAUGUAAUGGGUUUGGUUAUGGGCACGGGCAGUGUGGGACCAGGGUUGCUCUGGCCCAAAUGUCCAGAGUACCUCUAGGGGUCAGUAUGGCCUCCUCUCCACAAGGGUCAUUUGGGCUGAGCGGUGACAGCAGCUGUGGUGCCACCCAAAGCCCCACAGAAUGUCUGACAUGCUGGCGGUAGUCCUGAGGCCUGUCAGGAGAGCGGAGGUUACCUCAUCCAGCAGGCUUCAUGCUUUACUCCACAGAAACCUAGUAACUCUGUCCCUCAACCGUGUGUUCAGACAUGUCCAGCCUGCAGAAAUACAGAAGAGCAUGGUGAUUGUCCCUUCCCCAGUGUUCUGUCUCAACAGCUCCUCUCCACCUGGAGCCAUUGAAAAUUGAUUUGUUGUCCCCACAGAAAGUAAGCUGAGGCAUGAGAAGUCACUUUUUAAUACUUGAACUUAAUGUAGCCUAGGAUUAAGGACAUUCUAUUAUAUUUUUGAACUGUGUUAUUGAAUCUAAGAACAUUACCAAAAUUCCUGCCAGGUUUGGUGCAUGUCCGUAAUCCCAGCAAUUGGGGCACAGGGGUCAUGUCAACCUGUCUGCAUAAGAAGCUCCUGUUUGGGAGAAGGAAAGUUUAUCAAGGGUCUAGUAGUUCCUGUUAAAGUUUGCCAAGUUAUCCAAAAUACCUCUUAUACACAUAGGCUUUAAUUUGAAGUUUCAUAUUGUUGUAUUUCAUUUAAUCUCGAUUAAUUAAUCUCAAUAUCUAGGUCAUGACCCCUUUGGAGCUCAAACCACCUUCUCACAAGGGGCUCCUAAGACUAUUGGAAAACAGAUAUUUUUGUUACAGUUCAUAACAGUAGCAUUUUGUUGUUCUUCUUCAAAACAGGGUUCCUUUGUAGCCAUUGGCUGUAGACCAGGCUGGCUUCGAACUCAUAGGGACCCUACCUCUGCCACCCGAGUUCUGGGAUUAAAGGCAUGCGCCA